AUGGAUAAAAUUGGAAAUUUAAACGAACCAUUAUCUAAAACAUAUUUUUCAUUGAUAUUCAAUUCAAUACCUAAUAUAUUUUCAACCAAAUUUAGUGAAAAAGAUAAAGAAGAAUUUAAAUAUAUAAUUGAUGAUGUAGCUGAAGUUUUUAAAAAAGAGGAGAAUGAAAUUAAAAUAUCAACCUCAAUUAUGCUUUUUUCAGAAUUAAUCAAGAGAAUAACUAUUCUAUUUAAGGAUUAUAAAAUUAAAGGCCAAAUUGAAAUAAAUGGUCAAAUAAAUCAAAAAGGAAAACACAAACAAUACAUGAGAUUAUCUGGAUUCAAUGCUCAAACUUUCCAGUUUAUUUAUUCAAAGAUGCAUGAAAGCUCUGAUACAUCUGAUUGGUAUUUUACAGGAGAGAUUAUUUUGCGCAAAAAUAAUUUUAGAAUAGUAGAAAGAUCAAAAAAGGGAAGUGGUGUUAACCUACUUAAAAAGAUAAAUGAAUACAUAGGAAAAAAUUGUUACAUACCAACCGAUUGUUAUUGUUUUAUAAAGUGUGUAAAUUACAUCACAAACACAGAUUUAACAAAGGAAUUUCAAGAUUUCAUCAACAGUUUUCAAAAAUCAAACAGAAAAGGAGUUAUGACAACUGCUAGAAUCUCUCAAUUCAAUAAGAAAUUUAAUACUAAUUUUCAAAUCUAUAACCCUAAAGACAGUCAUUUUCAACCAAAGAAAGUAUUAGAGGAAUUUGAUUGGGUAUUUUAUUUACACAAAGAACAUUUCUGUUUGAUAAGAAGAAAUAACAAAGCUUUGGGCAUUAAAGAAAUAGAAGAUAAUUACGAUGAAAAUGUAUGGAGAACUUGUAAAGAUGAUGACGCUGUAAAGUGUUUCGCACAGUUAAAACUAAACGUGUUUUCGAACAUAUCCGAUAACUGUUUAUACGCUUGGGAUUGCGAAACCUAUUGCGAAAAAGAAACGAAUAAAUCCAUUCCUUAUUCUUAUUGUUGUACUUUAGUUAAUUUAGCAAAAACUGAGGAAAAGAUUAGAUGA